GUCUUAACAGCUGCUUUAAGAUCCAUGCUAUUUAAAAAAAAUAAACUUUGCGUAAAUUUGUUUAAAAUAUUUAAAGAAAAAUGUUUCAAUUAAGAAAUGUAUUCAAUAAAACAUCAAUAAACAGGCACACGACACUAUUGUCUUGUCUAACAAGAAACUUCGUUGCCAAUGUAGAUAAUCAAACACACAAAUCCUUUCCAUCGCCCGAAGAAGAGGCUCGAAAGGAAAUAGAAGCCGCCUUGGACAUAGAGACAAGUCUCUUUGAAAAUUCUUCAAAGUCAUUUCAACCGGCAACAGCUCCAACUCCAAGACAGCUUUUGAAAAAUGUUCCAAAAAGAUCUCGUAACGUCUCAUCAUCAGAGUCUCGAGAAAAAAGGAAACCCGCUCAAAUUCCACUGCCACUUAAUGUUCAACCAAAGUUCAAUUCCAAAAAUUAUGUCCCAACAGUUGUUGAAGAUAAAACUCUCGGACUGAGUUUUACUAAACUCAAACUAAACGAUCCCAUACUGAACAAUCUCCUUACAGUCGUACGUUCGAGUAAGCGGCGUGCCAAGAACCGGCAGAUCAUAAUGGAAGGAAGACGAUUGAUUGUUGAAGCACUCGAAUGUGGACUUAAAUUACAAACAAUAAUAUUUAGCCAAAAAGAACAAUUGGAAUUAAUAAGCGAGAGUAUCGAACCUCUGAGAAAAAGUAUAGAGAUCUACAAAGUGCCUCAGCAUGAUCUAAAAACAUGGUCAUCAUUGACCACACCACCAGGUCUACUCGCCAUUUUCGAACGUCCCUCACCAGAUAAGAUACAAAUUUCUCCAGACGAUGAAAUCCUUCCCAUAACGGUUAUCUGCGAUAAUAUUCGGGAGCCCAACAACUUAGGAAGCAUCAUCAGGACUUGUGCUGCAAUUCCUUGUAAGCAGGUGAUAGUCUUGAAGGGUUGUUGCGAUCCAUGGGAAACUAAAGCUCUAAGAGGCGGCUGUGGUGCACAAUUUCGUAUUCAAAUUAAGGAUGACGUCGAAUGGAAUGGAAUUCUUAAUCAUCUUCCCGACGAGUUUAAAACCUUCGCAGCUGAGAGUAGUUUAGACAAAGUUAAGAACUACAGAUUCGCAAAUCCCAAGAAACAAUUAAUCAAACCCUAUUUAGAUGUUGGUGGAAGAAGCCCCCAUUAUGUUAUUAUAAUUGGAGGAGAGACGCAUGGAAUUAGUGAGACGGCAUAUGAAUUUGUGGACUGCGCAGGAGACAAUGGAGCGUUUCUUCAUAUUCCUUUAGCUGGUGGGGUUGAGAGUCUCAAUACAAGCUGUGCCCUGUCCUUGAUUUUGUUUGAAAUUCGCAGACAAGCGUUGAAUUCUGUAGAAUUAAACGAUACGAACAAUAAAUAAAGUUAAUAAUAUUAAGUAAAA